AUGUCUGACUCAGUAAUUCUUCGCAGUGUGAAGAAAUUUGGGGAAGAGAAUCAUGCUUUUGAGUCAGAUGGAUCAUAUAACAAUGAUAAAAAGUCAAGAUUACAAAAUAAAAAGAAAAGUGAAAGCACUCAAGUUGGCUUCUUUCAACUGUUUCGAUUUUCUUCAUCGACUGACAUUUGGCUGAUGCUUGUGGGAAGUUUAUGUGCAAUACUCCACGGAAUCGCCCAUCCAGCCAUACUUAUUGUUUUUGGUAUACUGACAGAUCUUUUUAUUGACUAUGACAUUGAGAUACAAGAACUUAGUAUUCCAGGAAAAGCAUGUGUGAAUAACACCAUUGUAUGGAUCAACAGCUCCUUCAACCAGAAUGUGACAAAUGGGACAAGUUGUGGGCUGGUGGACGUUGAAAAUGAGAUGAUCAAGUUUGCCAGUGUCUAUGCUGGAAUUGGUGUUGCAGUACUUAUUACAGCCUAUAUUCAAAUAUGCGUUUGGAUAAUUACUGGAGCUCGGCAAGUUGAGAAAAUGAGAAAAAUUUACUUUAGGAGAAUAAUGAGAAUGGAAAUUGGAUGGUUUGACUGUAAUUCUGUGGGAGAGCUGAAUACAAAAUUCUCUGAUAAUAUUAAUAAAAUCAAUGAUGCCAUUGCCGACCAACUGGCCGUUUUUAUUCAGCGUAUCACCUCAGCCCUCUUUGGGUUCCUGUUGGGAUUUUACAGGGGUUGGAAACUGACGUUGGUUAUUAUUUCUGCCAGCCCUCUCAUUGGCAUUGGAGCAGCCAUCAUUGGUCUGAGUGUGGCCAAGUUCACAGACCUUGAGUUGAAGGCUUAUGCCAAAGCAGGGUCUGUGGCUGAUGAAGUCAUUUCAUCUAUUCGAACAGUGGCUGCUUUUGGUGGAGAGAAAAAAGAGGUGGAAAGGUAUGAGAAGAAUCUGGUGUUUGCCCAGCGCUGGGGAAUUAGAAAAGGGAUGGUGAUAGGGUUCUUUACUGGAUACAUGUGGUGUCUUAUCUUUUUUUGUUACGCACUGGCCUUCUGGUAUGGCUCUACACUCAUCCUGGAUGGAGACGAAUACACACCAGGAACCCUUGUCCAGAUUUUCCUCAGUGUCAUAGUAGGAGCUAUAAAUCUUGGCCAUGCAUCUUCAUGUUUGGAAGCCUUUGCCACUGGGCGUGUGGCAGCUACCAGCAUCUUUGAGACAAUAGACAGGAAGCCCAUCAUGGACUGCAUGGCUGAUGAUGGUUACAAGUUGGAUCGAAUAAAGGGUGAAAUUGAAUUCCAAAACGUGACCUUCCACUACCCUUCCAGACCAGAGGUGCAGAUUUUAAAUAACCUCAACAUGGUCAUUAAACCAGGGGAAAUGACGGCUCUGGUGGGACCCAGUGGAUCUGGGAAAAGUACAGCACUGCAGCUCAUUCAGAGAUUCUACGACCCCUCUGAAGGCAUGGUGACUCUGGAUGGCCAUGAUAUUCGCUCUCUUAACAUCCGGUGGCUGAGAGAUCAGAUUGGGAUAGUGGAGCAAGAGCCAGUUCUGUUCUCUACCACUAUUGCAGAAAAUAUCCGUUAUGGCAGAAAAGAGGCAACAAUGGAAGAUAUAAUCCAAGCUGCCAAGGACGCAAAUGCCUACAACUUCAUCAUGAAUUUGCCACAGCAAUUUGAUACCCUUGUUGGAGAGGGAGGAGGCCAGAUGAGUGGUGGCCAGAAACAAAGGAUAGCCAUUGCUAGAGCCCUCAUCCGAAACCCCAAGAUCCUCCUUUUGGACAUGGCCACGUCAGCAUUGGACAAUGAGAGCGAAGCCAUGGUACAAGAAGCACUGAGUAAGAUUCAGCAUGGGCACACAAUUAUCUCUGUGGCCCAUCGCCUAUCCACAGUCAGAGCUGUAGAUGUUAUUAUCGGUUUUGAACAUGGCACAGCAGUGGAAAGAGGCACUCAUGAAGAGCUGCUGGAAAGAAAAGGCAUCUAUUUCACUCUAGUGACUUUGCAAAGCCAUGGAGAGAAAGCCCUCAAUGAAAAAGGUGAAAAGGGAAAAGAAGAAACUGAAGAUAACAUACCUGAGAAGACCCUUAACAGAGGGGGCUACCAGGAUAGUUUAAGAGCUUCCAUCCGGCAACGCUCCAGGUCUCAGCUUUCUCACCUGGCACAUGAACCUCCAUUGGCAGUCGUAGAUCAUAAGUCUACUUAUGAAGACAAGGGCAAGGAUGUGCCUGAGGAAGAAAACAUUCACCCUGCCCCGUUUCUAAGGAUUAUGAAAUACAAUGCUCCAGAAUGGCCCUACAUGGUGGCGGGUGCUCUGGGUGCAGCUGUUAAUGGGGCGGUGACACCACUCUACUCUUUUCUAUUCAGCCAGAUCCUUGGGACUUUUUCAAUUCCUGAUGUAGAAGAGCAAAGGUCACAGAUUUAUGAUAUAUGCCUCCUUUUUGUAGUCAUGGGCUGUGUGUCCAUUGUCACCCAAUUUUUACAGGGUUACACUUUUGCUAAAUCUGGGGAGCUCCUCACAAAAAGGCUGCGAAAAUUUGGUUUCAAGGCAAUGUUAGGGCAAGACAUAGGUUGGUUUGAUGACCUCAGAAAUAACCCUGGAACACUGACAACAAGGCUUGCUACAGAUGCCUCCCAAGUUCAAGGGGCUGCUGGCUCUCAGAUUGGGAUGAUGGUCAAUUCCUUCAGUAACAUCGCUGUGGCCUUAAUCGUCGCCUUCUUUUUUAGUUGGAAGCUCACCCUGGUCAUCAUGUGCUUCUUCCCUUUCUUGGCUCUAUCAGGAGCCCUACAGACCAGAUUGUUGACAGAUUUUGCAUCUCAAGACAAGCAGGUUCUGGAGAAGGCAGGGCAGGUCACUAAUGAGGCCUUCAGUAAUAUCCGCACUAUUGCUGGAAUUGGAUUGCAGGAGCAGUUUGUUGAAGUAUUUGAGACUGAGCUGGAGAAGUUAUUCAAGAUAGCCAUUCGAAAAGCAAAUGUCUAUGGAUUCUGCUUUGGCUUUUCCCAAAGCAUAGUGUUUAUUGCCAAUGCUGCUUCCUACAGAUAUGGAGGUUACUUAAUUCUCUAUGAGGGGCUCCACUUCAGCCAUGUGUUCAGGGUGAUCUCGUCAGUUGUAUUGAGUGCUACUGCAGUUGGAAGAGCCAUCUCUUAUACACCAAGUUAUGCCAAAGCUAAGAUAUCAGCUGCACGCUUUUUUCAACUGCUGGAGCGAAGACCCCCAAUUAGUGUAUACAGUGGUAUGGGUGAAAAAUGGAACAAUUUCCAGGGGAAGAUUGACUUUGUUGACUGCAAGUUUACAUACCCUUCUCGGCCUACCGUGCAAGUCCUGAACGGUCUCUCGGUGUCUGUUAAACCAGGGCAGACACUAGCAUUUGUUGGAAGCAGUGGAUGUGGCAAAAGCACCAGUAUUCAGUUGUUGGAGCGUUUCUAUGACCCAGAUCAAGGCAGGGUGAUGAUAGAUGGUCACGACAGCAAAAUAAAUGUCCAGUUCCUCCGCUCCAACAUUGGAAUUGUUUCCCAGGAACCAGUGCUGUUUGCCUGUAGCAUAAUGGACAACAUCAAGUAUGGAGACAACACCAAAGAAAUUCCCAAGGAAAGAGUCAUAGAAGCUGCAAAGCAGGCUCAGCUGCACGACUUCGUCAUGUCGCUCCCAGACAAAUAUGAAACUAACGUUGGGAGCCAUGGAUCUCAGCUCUCUCGAGGGGAGAAACAGCGCAUUGCUAUUGCUCGGGCCAUUGUACGAGAUCCUAAAAUCUUGCUACUAGAUGAAGCCACUUCUGCCCUAGACACAGAAAGUGAAAAGACCGUACAGAUUGCUCUGGACAAAGCCAGAAAGGGUCGGACCUGCAUUGUCAUUGCCCAUCGCUUGUCUACCAUCCAGAAUUCGGACAUCAUUGCUGUCAUGUCACAAGGAAUGGUGAUUGAGAAAGGAACCCAUGAAGACCUAAUGGCCCAGAAAGGAGCCUACUACAAGCUAGUCACCACGGGAGCCCCCAUCAGUUGA